AUGGCUGCAUUUUCAACAUUCAAUCUAAUUACUUUCGGAGGGUUUGUAAUAUUCUCUGUGGUGGGUAUUAAUAUUUCGAAUAAGUAUGUAUAUGGAGAUUCAUAUUAUAGUUAAUUGUAUAUUGAAAUCUUAAAGGUAUUAUUGGUGACAGCCGGAGUUAUGUUUAUUCAUUAACUUUACUUAUUAAAAAGAUCCACUCCUUCAGUAGUUAACAAACCCAACUAAAAGCAAAUAAAUUUUAAUGCAUUUAAGGGCAACAUUAGAAAUGAUCUAAUAUAAUCAAAUUACUUCAGAGGUAGAAUUUGA